CUCUUUCUCUCCUACACGUGGACGUUUCCUCCCUUUCUGAGAGCCUCAAGAAUUCUCUUUGAACAAACCUGUUUGGUUCAGUAGUAGGCUGUUCAAAUUAAGCCACGUGUAUACUAAUAACUACUCAUAAAUCUUUCUUAUUUGGAAGUGUGAUUUAUUUAGCAUUUGAUAAAUGGGGCAACAGCAAUCCAAAGAUGACUUACUGUAUCAACAAGUCAUUGAAGGAAACAUUGAAGCUAUCAAAGCUAUUCACAACAAUGGUGCAAGUCUUGAGUGGAUCGACAAAGAAGGAAAGACGCCAUUGAUUGUAGCGUGCAUGAAGCCGAAUGGCUUGAAUGUUGCAAAAGCUUUACUUGAGCUUGGUGCUAAUAUCAAUGCUUACCGGCCAGGAUAUCAUGCUGGAACUGCAUUACAUCAUGCAGCUAAGAGAGGUUUGGAUGAUACUGUUCGAUUACUUCUUUCCUAUGGAGCAAAUCCCUUGAUCAAGAAUGAUGGUUGCCAAACUCCACUCGAAGUUGCUCGGGCAAAGGGUUUUAGCAAUGUUGUCCGUACUAUUGAGAGACAAAUCUGCAUUUUCUCGGGCUGGAUGAGGGAGUUCUAUGGUCCAGGGUUUCUUGAAGCUUUAGCUCCUCAAUUGUUAUCUAGAAAGAUUUGGGUUGUAGUAAUACCUUGCGGUAUAGCUGAUCCUACGAAGCCUAUUAAAUUGGAGCUGGCGAUUUACUCAUCCUUAGAGGAUGCCCAGCCUCGUAAUGUUAUCGCCUUAUGGAAGGCUAACGUUGAAGAGAUAAGGUGGCAACAACCAGAUCCUGUGCUGACUAUAUUUGACAAGUCCAGUAAUACUCGAUAUAAGUUUACAUCAAUGAGCGAUUCUGAGCAGCAGCAGCUUCAAUUGUUACUCAAAGCAUGUAAUGCUGCAACUGAGGUUCUGCCUCCCCGUUUAUCACAAAAUAGCCAAACUACAGUGCAACAAUCUGAAAAUGCUGCAGAAGCAAUGGAAUUAGCAAUUGGAAUCAAUGCUUCUAUUCAUACUGCUAAAGAAAAUAAUGUUCUCCCUCAUCAUGGACAAAGCUCUGGUGUAAAAAAUGAAAAUGAUUGGUGUAAUACCACAGAUGAUUCUGCUCACAACGGAUGGGGUUCACUUGUUAGAGCCCAGCCUACAUCUGAGAUUACUUACCGUGGGUGGACGGAUGACCAAAUGAAGGUUCAAGAAAAUGGAUGGGGAAGUACUGCAGAUGUAUCCCGUCAAAGACGACAGCACUCGCUUCCUAGAUCGACCUCUUUUGAACUAAGCUGCAGUGGAUGGAACGAUAAGCCUGCUGUAGAAGAGUACAAUGGCUGGGCCGUGCCCCAACCUCGGCCGGGACAUAGAGAUACCUCCGCCGAAAUUCAUUAUCAAGGAUGGGGAAAAACUGCAAAGGACAGCGCACUGCCUUCAAUAAGCAACACAACAUCCUCAGGAGUCAGUAGCUGUGAAACGAUGGACAAGACAAACAAUGCACCUGAAUAUACGCCCAUUAACAAUCUUGUUGAAAAUACUGAAACUCAAGAGGGCAAUUCUACUUUUGAUUUUGUGGCCCCUUCAGCUCCACCCGUUCCAGAAGAGGUUGUACAUGAAGAGGUGGUUCAUUAUCCGGCUAUAGAUCUUAGCCCGUUGAACUUGUCGAUUCCUCCUGGAGAGCAAGCAGCUUCUGUUACAACUGAAAGGGAAAAUAAACAUGAGCCUGCAUUGUGUAUAAUAUGCUGGGAAGCUUCUGUUGAAGGAGCUUGUGUACCUUGUGGUCACAUGAUUGGCUGCAUGCAGUGUUUGAACCAGAUUAAUUCCAAGAAAGGCGAGUGCCCUGUUUGUCGAGUAAAGAUUGACCAGGUUAUAAAGCUCUACAGUGUUUGAGGUAUAGAUAUUGUUUCCUGCCUAUGAGCAAGGUUAGAACCCUGUGAAUUUUAAGUGCCAGUUUGAAUACCAUACUUGCUAUAAAAGUUUCAUUUUUGGGUUGGGAAAACACAUAAGUUACACUUGUCCCAAAAAGUUAUUUACACACUCUUAACUAUAUCCGUGUUGAAUUGUUAUUAUGUCAGUGUCGUAUUAGUACUCCCAGUCUCAGUGUAAAGUAUAAGAAACUUAAAAUAUGUAUUAGGCCUAAGGAGUCGAAAGUGAUUUCAACAAUUUAUUUCAUAUGAAAUGGUUAUGAUUUUAUUUAA